CGUCUCCGUCCUCUCUCUCUCUUCACGAGAAAGAGCAGAAAAAAAAAAUUAGAAAGAAGAAUUUAGAAACAAUAGAUUCUUCAAGGAAAUGGGGAAAUACACGGAGAUGUUGGACGUCGGCGUGAGAAUCGCGGCGAGGUUUCAUUCACACUGUCCUCAGACAGCUCGUCUUUAUUACCAUCCUCCAUCCGACGGCCAUCACCAUCACGGCGGAGUCAAAGAUCUAAUCGGAGGUGUUGGGGUUUUGGGGUCGGGCCAAGAUUCGACCGGUUUGGUUGGUGGUUUAGGAACCGGAACUACGGGUGGUUGCGGUAUCAAAUCUUCUCAAGGAUACGAUGACGCUAGAGAUCUCUUGUUAUUCUCUGUUAUUUGAUUUAAUUUAUUUGACGAAAUAUUGGUUGGUGCGGGAGAGAGAUUUCAUGAGCGUUUGGUUGUGCUUUUUUAAUUAUUAUUGAGAAAACUGUAUGUUCUUGAGAGGAUUUGUGAUACUAUUUAAUCAUCUCUGGAUUCCAAAAUUUUCUGGGGAUAAAUUGGAUGUUGAUGAGAAAUUAAAUUUGAUUAAUUUGU